CGUCGACGUUGGAGAGUUGUGCGGCACAACUUCGCAGUUAUGUCUGGAAAGAAGCUUGCCAAAGAUACGCAAGCGGUAGUUAAGUCCGCAGAAGGAAAAAACGUUUCUUUGAACAAUGAUCGUUUCCAAGGAGAUGGCGUGAAGUUCAAGUGCAAGCUUGUAGGUAUAGAAGAUGUCGGUGGCGAUGGUGAUGACAUGUGUUUCGAGGCAAUCAAGAAAGUAAAGGAGCGAGCGCAAGAAUUAAAAAAGGGAAGCGGUAAGCACAAGCAAAAGAUUGUUUUGCACGUCUCUUUGAAUGGUAUCAGGAUAGUGGACGAAACAACUCAGGUGAGUUUUCCUAACAUGCUAAAAGGAUCAAUUCUCCUUUAAAAAAUGCAAAACUUGCUGCCAAACAGCUAGAAGUCAAGAUGCUCGAUUGAUUGACUCCUUUAAACAUAUCUUAUGUAUUGGUAUUGUACGAAGAUAAUGCACGCCAAUCAUAAUGUACUGGGGACGAGACAGGGGAAACGUGGCUGUUAUUUAUGCUAUUCUGAUCAUCUUUACCUGUGUAAAAAGAAGGAAUAUAAGGUGCAGAAAGAACUUUCUCUUUUAAUGUUCUAGCAUAGUCAUAUUCAUUUGGCAUAUAUGGAGAGUGUCGACGGUUUGGCUAUAAGAUUUGGUCAUCAUAAACUCAAUCACCGCAUUGCAACACACAUCAUUGAAAUAACCCGGAGCACCAUUGCAAUAGGUAACCAUCACUGACCAAUCACCACUAACCGCCACGUUAACCGAAAAGCAGCUUCUGAGGUGCUUUGGUGUGUUCUUACACAGCCAUUGUUGCAUCGGCCAUACUUUUCUGGAUCGUACUUGCGAGGAAAACUUUCAUUUUAAUUUACUUCAGGGAGCCAUAGAAAUUCGGGAAAUCAUUUCGGUUGUUAGGAAGAAAGAUACUCCACGAUUUGCCGGGAAAAUUUUCGUUUCGAUCGAUCAAAAGUAUCGUAAAAUAGUGACUUGUUUAACGGCGAGUCGAUUUUAGCUUUCUUUCACUUCUCCGGUUAAUUGAAACCUUCCCGCACUACGCCCGUUUAUUUUGGUACACCAGCAUCAGUACAGUGAAUAUUUUUAUAUUUUGUCAUGUUGUAGUGAUCAAUGUCGAGUAAAGAUACCGUAGAGUCCUGGUUAUAAGAUCCCAAGAUACAGACGAAAGAACGGUUACAGGAGAAAUAUGUUUGGACUUUAGUUUCCAGGAAAUUUGCUCUCUUAGGGUUCGGUUACACGGAGCUCUUUUUACUUUGGUAAAUGACCCUUUAACCACGGGAAACUGCAUUAAGUGAGUAUGACCAAUAUUUCCGGAGGUAAAUUUCCCGUGGUUAAUACCCAUGGAUACGUCAAAAAGAACACAUACAACACCUUGACAUUUAAUGUGGUAAGUUGCAAUGGUGAUUCUCCGUUUGACAUUAAUACGUAACCAAAAAGGAAAAAUGGUUUUCCUCCGUGUGCCAUUUUUGUUACCUUAGCAAAAUCCCGUGUAAACCGUUGGUUCACAACGUAUACCUGAAAACCCAGCCAAAAAAAAAA